AUGGGCCCUAAACAACAAUCUCAUCCGCGCGAAGCGAACGCAGAGCUGUGUGAGCUUUCUACCGAAGCUAGCAUGGCGGGCAGCUUCAUCGACUUUGUGCCAGACAUCCAAGGCAUUAUGCAGGGAUUCUCCUUUGGGAUAGCCGAUGCCUUCUCCUACAACAACAUGGGCAAUCUUGACUAUUUUUCCAAUCCAGUUCCAAACGGUAAUGGGGUUGUAUCUUCUCAAACAGGAGUACAAUCCUUGUCUGGCCAACUGUGGGGUAUCUCAGGAUCACCUCAUUGCGCAGAGGAACACCCCACUGGCUACAAGAACGGCGAGGGCUUCUUCGGCUUUCUAGCCUCCAGACUCACAGAAGAACCUGCAGGUAAUCUCCAAAAUGGAGAUACUUGCGAAACGGAUCUUUCUAGUAUCCUACAAGAGCAAUGCGAAGGAAUCACUGCAGGGUCAUUUUCUCCCGUCAAUCCCGGAUCUCAAGACGACAACCUUCCUGAAAUACUAACAGAAACCCAAUCUGAAGGCAUCAGAUACGGCCAACCGGACGCCUUUAGUGAUUCGGUGGAUACUUUCAGCGGCAACGUGUAUUCUCCAAGCUGUCGCACUGGAAGCCUGACGCCCCCCCAAGACACUAUCGGCUUCGCUCAAGGGCCAGAAUCUUGUCAAGAGGCCGUCACCUCCCCCGCAUCGUGUAUCAACCCGGUUGGCUGUCGCAGUCAGUCCCCUGAACCUGAAGUGCCUGGAACCACCGAGGAGUCAUCUUCUCCGAUGAGACCUUCUAUUGAUAUCAUCGAUCUCACUCUCGACAGCGAUGAGACGCCUGCUGACACAGAAACCCCCAACACCAAUAGUGCUACUAGCCGCAUUGCAGAUGCGGUUACUGAGGGUCUGCCAUUGAUGCCAAAUGGCAUGAACCGGAGGACAGAGUCAAGCCGCAGUAAAAGACGGAAUCAGCAGAAGCGAAAACGGUGUUAUGAAGAUGUGCAGUCCUUCCCCGAGAUAGUGACUCUCCGGGUGAUAUCGGUGACGGUUGAGAAAGAAAACAGAGAUGGGUUCAUGGAGACCGUGGAGUUCAUUCGACAUAAGAACAGAGCCUCUCAUGGAGUACAUGGUAGUGCUUUCGAAAUAUGA